AUGGAUUUUGUUGACGUGCAAGUUGCCGGCGAAGAGAAAUAUGCAAAACAAGAUGACAUACCCAUUCAGUAUGGUACAGCAGGAUUUAGAACAAAAGGAAAUCGCCUGAAGCAUGUGAUUUACAGGAUGGGUGUGUUGGCAGCCAUUCGAUCUGCCUGUAAAAAUGCAGCCACGAUAGGUGUCAUGAUUACUGCUUCACACAACCCGGAAGAAGAUAAUGGUGUCAAGUUGGUGGAUCCAAUGGGGGAGAUGCUUGGUCCAGAGUGGGAAAAAUACGCCACUGAAAUUGCAAACGUUUCUGAUAAUGAGCUUGGGUCCGCCCUCCAGGCGUUGGUGAAGACUCUUGGAGUAACAAGUCUCAAUAAUAGUAGAGUGGCGUUUGCCAGAGACACAAGACCCAGCAGUCCGGCCUUGGCAGAAGCUCUGGAGGCAGGAAUCAAAACAGCAGGUGCCCAGUGUCAGAACUUUGGACUGCUUACCACUCCACAAUUGCAUUAUAUUGUCCGGUGUAUUAAUACCAGUGGAGAGUAUGGAAAACCAACAGAGGAUGGUUACUUUGAAAAACUCACAGGAGCUUUCAUCAAAUUGAGAAACAUGAGGAAAACAAAGAAGAUGAAAACACUAGAAUCUUAUAAUGCCUGUCUGUACCUGGAUGCAGCAAAUGGAGUAGGAGGAGGAAAGGUUCCUGUCCUGCAGGCUAAAUUAGGGGAACCCCUGACGAUCAACCUUGUGAAUGACGGAAGUGGUAAACUGAAUCACGACUGUGGAGCUGACUUUGUUAAAGUUCAACAGAAGCCCCCAGCAGGAGUCAGCUUGGUUCCUGGUCAGAGAUGGGCUUCAUUUGAUGGAGAUGCAGACAGAAUAGUCUACUACUUUCUUGGUGUUACAGAUAAAAAGUUUCAUCUCCUAGAUGGUGACAAAAUUGCAACACUAGUGGCUGGGUACCUUAAAGAUCUUGUUCAAGAGACAGGACUCUCUAUCAAUCUUGGGAUAGUUCAGACUGCCUAUGCUAAUGGCAGCUCUACUAGCUACAUCACAGACACAUUAAAGGUCCCAGUGGCUUGUGUUCCAACAGGAGUGAAACACCUUCAUCACAAAGCACAAGAAUUUGACAUUGGGGUCUACUUUGAAGCCAAUGGUCAUGGUACAGCCUUAGUGAGUGACUCUUCAUAUGCUCUCUUGCAGAAAUCAGUUAAAGACACAAAACUGACAGAAAAACAAAGAGAAGCUUGUGAUCUACUGCUUUGUGUCAUAGACUUGAUCAAUCAAACCGUAGGUGAUGCAAUAUCUGACAUGCUCCUUGUUGAGAUGAUCCUAGCUAGCCAGGACUGGGAUGUGGAACAGUGGAACAAAGCCUACACAGAUCUUCCUAAUAGACAGCUCAAAGUCAAGGUCAAGGACCGCUCUGUGAUCCAAACCACUGAUGCCGAGAGAAAAGCUUCCACUCCCCCCGGUCUUCAGAACGCCAUUGACGACCUUGUAGCCCAGUACACUCGAGGUCGUUCCUUUGUGAGGCCAUCCGGGACAGAGGAUGUCGUCCGUGUUUACGCAGAGGCUGACUCCUCAACAGCUGCUGAUAAGCUGGCCUAUGAGGUUGCUGUUCUGGUCUACAAGAUGGCGGGAGGUGUGGGGGAGGAGCCUAAAGCUCCACAAUAAUAGCAGGGAAUUCUGGGACAUAGAGGGUUAUUGUUAGGCCUAUGUGAUAUUUAAGACAAAAGAACAAGUACAUGUAGCUAUAGUUUUAGGGCCUUUUAAUCUGGAUACUUUGAUUAAUUUAAUAUUUUUGCUAAAUGAACAUGAUAAAUGUGGAUUUAUAGUUAGUUUACCAAAGAUUUGUAGUGUUACUCAAUGAUUUUUUUUAAGGUUGAUCCGUUUAGUACAUUGGUUAUGCUGAUAAUUUCAUUGAUAAAUUAUUGUGAUUGUUUUGAAUUAUAUGAUGUAUAUUAAUUUUAUGUUUUUAGACAAUGACAUUCAAUGACCAAUAGUCAGGGCAUUAUUUGUAAAAUUAUUUCAUAAAACAAAUUGAUCUAAGUUGUGAUUAGUGCAUUGUGAUUAGUUUUAUAGAUUUAUAUGUUAGUUUACAGUUAUAUCAUUUAGGUAGUGCAUUUACGGUGUAUAUCAAUUAUUUUCCUUUAAAUAAAGCUGUAAUUUAUAUGACAAA